AUGGAAAAGAAGGAUCUGCUCGGCGUCCGGAAGAAGCUGGCUGCAGCGGCGGCGGCAAAGCGGAGGCCCAAGGUGGUGACGCCCGCUAAGGCCGGCGGCGCCGGGGGGCUCGCGAAGGUGAUCGCUGCAUACCUCGCGUCCGACUCCUACAUGUACGCUCCGCCUUCGCACCCACUGCCGCCUCCGGCGGCCGCGGUGGCGCCAUCCGCGGCGCCUCCUAUUGCCACUCCUGGUAGGUUGAGUCCUCAAUUCUCCGUGCGCUCAAUUUCCCUUAGUACCUCGCAAAUUGCAAUUGCUAUAAUCCCUGGUUAA